GCAGUGUCUUCAGGGGAUCAACACUUUUAUUUUGUGAUAAAAAAUGUUGAAAAAUCAUUUUAAAAUUCAAUUUUUAACAUUUCUUUUGUUAAUUGGCUUUUCAAUAAUCGAAGCUGAUGAAGAUGAUAUAAGGGAUAAGAUCGAAGAUUGUUUGUCAUCGAAUGGAGGAAAAGUAAAUGGUUCUGAUAUAAUGCUAUUGCCAAAAGAGCUAGGCUUCUCUGGCGCUUCGCUUGUAUGGGCAGCUAAAAUUAGUCACAUCGACGUUGCCGUCAAAAUCUGCAUGUAUAAUGAUCUUAUAAAAAACGAAUUGGCAGUUUAUCGAGCCCUGAAUGCUGUCGGUAAUCCAAAAAUUGAAGAAAAAGGAAUCCCAAAUGUUUAUGAAAUCGGAAAAUUGUUCGGAUAUAAUCCAUUCAUUGCGAUAACUCGUUUCGAUGGAAAUGUACAGGAUCGUCUAAAAAAUGGUUUUACCAUGUUUGGUAUCGUAUAUGUGUUCUUACAUUCGGUUAAGGCAUUGAGUUAUAUACAUAGCAAAGGAGUUAUACAUAAUGAUAUCAAGCCAGAAAACAUAUUUAUUCGUGGCAAUGCGGUAUUUAUUAGCGAUUUUGAUAAUGCCGCGUUGCCUGGUAAAAUACACAAGAUUGCUACGAGGAAAUUUGCAUCAUCAGGAUGGUGGGCCGGCAACAACCGAAGAGCGAUGGAUGAUCUUGAGUCAUUGGUGUAUACCAUAUGGUAUAUGGUAGGAAUUAAUUCGUUUGAACCAGAAGGCUUAGUGAUGAAAAAGAAAAGUGCGAAUGGAAAGAAGGCAUUUGUGUUGGAAAAAUGUAAAUAUUUCGCACGUUUCGAAAAGGUCCAUAAAGCAUGCAAUUUUAUUUGCAAUGAUGAAAUGUUAUCUGGUAAAGCGACUCCAAAUCACGCAAAAAUCGUUGAGCAAUUAGAAGAAGCGUUGGCUGAAGUUAAGCGCGUGACUAAACAAACACAAUUUGAAUGACUUUCAUAGACCGGAGAAUCAUCAUCGUCAGCAUGAUAAAUGCGAGUGUAAACGAAACAAAAACGAGUAAAUACAAUACUGAUGCAGAUCUUUAGUGUGAAAUUAGUUGUAACGUUGGUAAAAAUCGUUGAAUAAAAAUUAAACUAAGGCUGAAAA